AUGUGCAUGGAAGACGAAAUUAGACGCGGUACCCUACUCAAUGGCGCGUGGAUCAAGAAGGUUCCGUCAUACUACUCGCCCGCGCAGGCUGUCCAGUUUCUUGAAUGCAUGAACCUGGAUCUGGGUUUAGGAGAAGAGGAAAUAGCGAAGGGGACGGCGCCGACGUCUCAAGAGGCGUUGACGCGCAUCGUCGAGCGCUUUCUCAUCACUUUCCCUUGGGAGAACACUCAGAUGCAUUAUUCUGCUGAACAUUUAAUGGACGUGUCCCCAGAGGGAUUAUUUAAUCGGAUGGUCGUGGAGAAGAAGGGUGGAUCGUAUUGCAUUGGCUUGAAUGGACUUCUUUUGGGAAUGCUCCGGGCGCUGGGGUACAGGGCCUACUGUAGCAUAGCCAAAGCCAAUUACGGGCCUAUUGGUGGACCGCUGGACUACGUGCCUCCGACCCACCGAAUUAUCUUCGUCCAGCCACAAGCUCACAGCAAUCAGACGUACCUCGUUGACACUGGGCAUGGGUUCGGCCUCUCUACACCCAUCCUUCUCUCCAACGAAGAAGACAACACCGUGCAAUCCCUUAACUCUUUCGAAAAGCUUCGCCUCACCAGGACACCACAUCCGAGCUCAAGCCUCGAGAGCUCUCCAGGCUCAGAAGCGUCGACCGAGAUCAAAUGGAACCUCGAAGCAUAUCAGAAGAAGAAAGACUCGCUCGGAUCGGAUUGGCGAGUCUUAUACUCCUUCUCCGAGGAAGAGUUCCACGAGGAGGAUUUCGAGGCUGCCUCAUUCCUCAUCUCCAAGAGACCCGUCCUGCGAGGCCUUUUCUGGCACCACGUUGUAUGCACCAAGAACUUCGUCGUCCCAGAGGAGGAGCGUACACUCCACUCUCGUGCAUCUGCCAACGGCACCGUGAUGCAUGCCGCGAAGAGGUGUAUCGACUCGUCCUGGUUGGUAGGGAAGUGA